UGUGGGGCGGGCGGGCGCUGCGGCGGCCGCGGCUGCUGCUUCCUCGGGCCAUUUUGCUGUGGAGCGCCGGGAGGAGGAGCUGCGGCGGAGAGCCCGGGCGAGGAGCGGCGGCCGCGCGGGCACCGGGCUUUCCGCGGUCGCGGGGAUCUCGAGGGCGAGGGGCUCGCCGGGGAGGGGGCCCGAGAGGCGCGCCCGCCGCGCGGAGCGCCGCCGCCCGCCCCCUGCACCAUGAGCUGGGGCACCGAGCUCUGGGAUCAGUUUGACAACUUAGAAAAACACACACAGUGGGGAAUUGAUAUUCUUGAGAAAUACAUCAAAUUUGUAAAGGAAAGGACAGAGAUUGAACUCAGCUAUGCAAAGCAACUCAGGAAUCUUUCAAAGAAAUACCAACCUAAAAAGAACUCGAAGGAGGAAGAAGAAUACAAAUAUACAUCAUGUAAAGCUUUCAUUUCCACCCUGAAUGAAACGAAUGAUUACGCAGGGCAGCAUGAAGUUAUCUCCGAGAACAUGACCUCACACAUCAUUGGGGACUUAGCACGCUACAUUCAGGAGCUGAAACAGGAGAGGAAAUCGAACUUUCACGAUGGGCGUAAAGCACAGCAGCACAUAGAGACUUGCUGGAAGCAGCUCGAAUCCAGUAAAAGACGAUUUGAACGAGACUGCAAAGAGGCUGACCGAGCACAGCAGUACUUUGAGAAAAUGGAUGCUGACAUCAAUGUCACAAAAGCAGAUGUUGAAAAGGCCCGACAACAAGCUCAAAUACGUCACCAAAUGGCAGAGGACAGCAAAGCUGAUUACUCGUCAAUUCUUCAGAAAUUCAACCAUGAGCAGCAUGAAUAUUACCAUACUCACAUACCUAACAUCUUUCAGAAAAUACAGGAGAUGGAGGAAAGGAGGAUAGUGAAAAUCGGAGAGUCGAUGAAGACGUACGCGGAGGUGGAUCGGCAGGUGAUCCCAAUCAUCGGGAAAUGCUUGGACGGCAUAGUAAAGGCAGCUGAAUCAAUUGAUGAGAAAAAUGAUUCACAGCUGGUAAUAGAAGCUUAUAAAUCAGGGUUUGAGCCUCCCGGAGACAUUGAAUUUGAGGAUUACACUCAGCCAAUGAAGCGCACUGUGUCAGACAACAGCCUUUCAAAUUCUAGAGGAGAAGGCAAACUGGAGCUCAAGUUUGGUGGAAAAUCCAAAGGAAAGUUAUGGCCGUUCAUCAAGAAAAAUAAGCUUGUGUCCCUUUUAACAUCCCCCCAUCAGCCUCCCCCUCCUCCCCCUGCCUCUGCCUCACCCUCUGCUGUUCCCAACGGCCCCCAGUCUCCCAAGCAGCAAAAGGAACCCCUCUCCCACCGCUUCAACGAGUUCAUGACCUCCAAACCCAAAAUCCACUGCUUCAGGAGCCUAAAGCGUGGGACUCAAUCUUUCUGUUUUCACAAAGAACUCAUGAAGAGGACAAUAGGGAAACGCACGUAUGCCUUUGAGGCUAGGGACUAUGUUCUUUCUCUCAAGCUGGGUGCGACUCCAGAGGAUUUUAGCAACCUCCCACCUGAACAAAGAAGGAAAAAGCUGCAGCAGAAAGUCGAUGAACUAAAUAAAGAAAUUCAAAAGGAGAUGGAUCAAAGAGAUGCCAUAACAAAAAUGAAAGAUGUCUACCUGAAGAAUCCUCAAAUGGGAGACCCAGCCAGUUUGGAUCACAAAUUGGCCGAAGUCAGCCAAAAUAUAGAAAAACUGAGACUAGAGACCCAGAAAUUUGAGGCCUGGCUGGCUGAGGUUGAAGGCCGACUCCCUGCACGCAGCGAGCAGGCCCGGCGGCAGAGCGGCCUGUACGACAGCCAGAACCCUCCAACAGUCAACAACUGCGCACAAGACCGGGAGAGCAGCCCAGAUGGCAGUUACACAGAGGAGCAAAGCCAGGAGAGUGAGGUGAAGGUGCUGGCCACGGACUUCGAUGACGAGUUUGAUGAUGAGGAGCCCCUUCCUGCCAUAGGGACUUGCAAAGCUCUCUACACGUUUGAAGGUCAGAAUGAAGGAACCAUCUCUGUAGUUGAAGGAGAAACACUGUAUGUCAUAGAGGAAGACAAAGGUGACGGGUGGACCCGUAUUCGGAGAAAUGAAGAUGAAGAGGGUUACGUCCCCACUUCAUACGUCGAAGUCUAUUUGGACAAAAAUGCCAAAGGUGCUAAGACUUAUAUUUAAUACCACUUAAAAAAACUUUUAAAAAGUUGGAGUUGUUUCUUCCCACAACUGUGGCUGUUACAGGCGUUUCUUCACGGGACGAACGGAGAACACCGCAGUGCACGCACGUGGUCGUGCAGUCUCCUGGCGGACUCGCGGGCUCCGUGCACCGGGAUUGCCUUGUCUAGCUUUGACUAUGAUCAAGUUUCUUGCUGAUGAAAUUUUACGUGGAAAACUGCCAACUGCCAAUUUACAACUGUGUCGUUCAAAAUCCGAUAAACAUUUCUUCCUUUGGCAGUAUCUGUAGAUAACAAAGUUGCAUUCUAACUUCCAAUCAAUAUUUCUGAAUUAAAAAGUCCACCUAUGUCAUGUGGGUGCAGAAGAUGUCAGUUCUUUGGUUUCUAUCUGGUAUCCACCAUAAAUCGAGUUAUGUUAGGAGGUUACAUUUUGUAACUUAAUAAAUUAAACUAUGCUAGUUUGUUAAAUUUUAUAAUCAUUCACUUGGGAGGAAGUUAUCAUUAAAAUAAAAUGUCCCCCUUCUUGAGUAAAGAAGUAAAUAAGAUUCUUAUAUUGGUACCAAAGUACAUAUUUUUACUUAAACAUGGUUAAAUCAUUGUUAGAUCAUCAUGAUUAUCCGAUAAUGUCUAUAUGAUCCCAAACAACCAAUUGAAAUCUGGAAAAAUUUGGUCAGGUAACCAGUUGAUUUUCACAAGCCAUGACUGAUCUUCUAAGCUCCACCAGAUUGACAGUUGAUCAGAUGUGCCAGUGCCGUCUAGAUCAGCUUAUUUAAAAGCAGGUCAUGGCUACGCCUCAGCUCCCUUUGGCUCUGAUUUUCUCACACUUGGUAGUGUCUGUUGAGUUUUGUGGCAGGUAGAGCAUAUUCAGCUCAGACUCGCCCAGGCAGGGCUAUAAACAGAGCUUGGUGUGGCGGCAGCUGCUUCCACACACAGGCACGUCACUUUUCAAAGGGGGGAUUUUUUUUUUUUUUAAAUCAUUGGCAAUAUUUGAAUUUCCUGGAAAUUGUUUUAGAAUGUCUGGCUCAUUUUAUAUAAUUAACUAUAGCCAGAUUAAAAUAAAAUGUUUCAUCAUCUUUAAGGAAUCUGGGCCACUUGGUGGGAAUUUACGUUUUUAAAUUGGCACUAAGGAGGGAGGGUAGAUACGAAAUUCAUCACAUGCAUAGACGGUUACCAAGCCCAGAAUUUGAUUGUGUCCAUUGCCAGAAUCUACACUGAGAUCACAGAGAGCCAGUUAUACAUGGGUCAGAGUGAAGGUGUGGGGUUAAGAUUCUCUUUUUAUUUGACUUUGAAAAUUCUUUAUAUGUGUCCCUCUUUACUUUUAAGUGAGAAAUUAGCUUCUUGCCUCUACAUUGUGGGUUCAUUUUAUAAGUUCAAGUCCAUUUCAAGCUGAUUUUUCAAAGCGAUAGCCUCACAUCCGGGCUCUAGAACCUGGCAGGAUUGAUAAGUGCUUGUUGCUGUGUUUCAAGAUUCCAGCAGCAAAUUCCCUUAAAUUUCACAAGGGCCACCAAAAUGGAAUUUAAGUCAUCUUUACUUAAUGACAGCCUGAUUUUUUUUAAAACACACUUUUCAUUUGGAAAUAAUGACAGAGUCUCAGGCAGCUGCAAAGACAGACAGUAUGUGAGGGGUCCCAUAUACCCUCCACGCUGUUUCCUCAGUGGCUGUAUCUUACACAGCUCCAGCAGCGCAGCAUCAAAAGCAGGGAGCCAACGUUGGUCAGCAUGAUUUUUUAAAUAUAUGUGAAUUUUGUAAUUAAAAUUUCUUUGGAAUACUUUUCCUUACAUAACAUCCAUAAAGCCACUCCUCCUGACCCCAGGCCUCUCUGGGGGAACUGUUUCAUUCUCCUUUGUAAGAAUUGCAGCAAGAAAAGAAAAUCAGCUGACCCUUCAACAACAGGGAUUAGCUUUAAUGAGCAGUAGGAAGUUUCCAGCUUUCUGUGUGUAACCAAGUGAAUGGGAGACCUAAGAUACUAAAAUCUGACCUUUCUAUCCGAUGAUGAACUCAUUUCCAGCAUAUGUACUAUGAGAGAAAGCCAACUAGACACUGAAAAAAGUCUAAAAUGGGGUGAAACAACAUUCAUUAGCCUUUCAAAAACCCGCUCUAAAAAUAGGGCAUUCUGUCAAGUUGUGUUUUUUUCCUUUAGAGUUAUGUAAAUUUGAUUCAGAAAAUAGCCCAAUUGGUUUGUGAGCUGGGGGUGUUGGUUUGGACAUGUUUGGACACAUAAAUUUACAAUUAUUAAGCUGUAUGCCUGAGAGUAACUCUUAACAGGUGAAUCUAUAUGAUAUCGACUAAACAAUGAAGAUAUUUUGUAGUUUCGGUUCCAUUUAGUCCAUGUGUGAAGUAUCAGAAAACAUUGGAACAAUUCCCAAAGAGUCAGGAGUCUCCAUUUCCACCCCAAGUAUACUAGUUUUCUUCCAACAGUUCUCUGUUAAAAAUAAAAGAAGCAAAAUCUCAGCUGUUGGUAAUGUUUUCUCCUUUUACUUGACAGCUACACUGAGGGGUUAAUCAUGUGUAUGUAGAAGCUGUUCCUCCCGACCUUCCUUACGAAUCUGUCCCGCUUCCCCAAAAACACGGCUCCCCUUGGACUCCUCCAGCCUGGCGGGGCUGCUGCUUUCUGCUGCCUGUGGCCAGAGGGUGGUUUUAUUUUUAAUAAUGCCUGUGCACUUUGUGUGUGUGUGUGUGUGUGUGUGUGUGUGUGGUGUCUGCAACGUGCUUAUUUAAUAAUUGCCAAACUAUUUAGACGAGAGUAACUUCCAAUUGGUCAACUGGAUUGUGACUUUCUUCUUUUGUGGUUUUGUUUUUGUUUUUUCAAAUUGCUUUCUGUUAAACAUGUCUGUGAUUCCCUCCACAGAAUCUAUUUGUAUAUACUGCCAUUUAAAAACUAAAAGGAGUACUUGAAAUUAAUUGAUUUCACGUUUUACUUUUUUAUCUGUUUGUUUUAUUGGUUAUUCUGCUGCCUAAUGACCUUUUUGUUUUCGUAACUGCUGGGAGCCGCAAGGCCUCCUGCGCUGGUAGCUGGUAGCGAGGUCCCCUGCCGGCUGCUCUGCACUGAGCUUAUUAUAAACACUUGGGUUCUGAGUAAGUUUUGUUUUAAUGUGGCCAAAAUGAUUGUUUCUUUCUAUUCUUAUCCUAAAAGAAAAGAAUCUGUCUGGCAUCUUUUAGCUGUACCCUCGUAUCUGCCGCUCUAAUAAACGUUAUAUUUUUCCUCA